AUGGAUUUACAAAAAACAGAACUCAUCAUUAUGUCCAGUAUCGUUACUACCAUCCUGAAUGCAUCCAAAACCAAUAACCUGCCUGAGGUCAAGGCUGCCUUAGAUUCCUGGAUGGCCCAAGAAAAGCCCGAUCCUCCUAGAGAUUCACGCUGGCCUAUGGUGGAUUUUCAAGAGGCCUUGACUGCAGCAUUGGAAGAGCGCAAUGUGGAAGUAGCUGAAGAGCUGAUCCACCGUGGGUGUUGGAUCAAUACAGACGCAGUUAUUGCAGCAAAUGAUAGCUUUAAUGAGGAAACAGAGUGGAGCAGUCAGUCCUACGAUGUCCUUUUGCGAAAUGGAUGGGACCCUAAUCAAGGUCUCGGCGAGGUUGGCAAUGCUCUCAAUAUUGCUAUUUGCGCAGAUAGCGCUCCAGUUGUCAAAUACCUGCUUGAACAUGGUGCAGAUCCCAAUGACAACUACUAUCUGGAUGAAUCACCGCUUGAAUGGGCUAAGACCAAAACACCUGAAAACCCGGAGAUUGUUCAGUUACUUCUUGAUCAUGGUGCGAAGGAGUAA